UCCCGCUGCCAAACCCUAGCGACGAAACCUCUCCUACUUAAUCCGCUUUCUCAGUUCCUUCACCGCCGCCGCCUCUCGUCAUACCCCCGCCGUCUCCUCUCCCCCGAAGCUCAGCUCGUCGAGAUGGCGUCCGAGGCGGCGAAGGUGGUGGUGCCGGAGUCGGUGCUCCGCAAGAGGAAGAGGGAGGACCUCUGGGCCGCCGACAAGAAGGAGAAGGCCGUCGCCGAGAAGAAGCAGGCCGGCGAGAACCGCAAGGUCAUCUUCGCCCGCGCCAAGCAGUACGCCGAGGAGUACGAAUCCCAGGACAAGGAGCUGGUGCAGCUUAAGCGCGAGGCCCGGCUGAAGGGUGGGUUCUAUGUCAGUCCUGAGGCAAAGCUGCUCUUUGUUGUCCGUAUCCGUGGUAUCAAUGCCAUGCACCCAAAGACAAAGAAGAUCUUGCAGCUUCUGCGUUUGAGGCAGAUCUUCAAUGGUGUGUUCCUUAAGGUCAACAAGGCCACCAUUAACAUGCUCCGCAGGGUUGAGCCAUAUGUUGCAUAUGGGUACCCAAACUUGAAGAGUGUUCGUGAAUUGAUCUACAAGAGGGGUUAUGGAAAGCUCAACAAGCAAAGGAUUCCUCUGUCCAACAACAGAGUCAUUGAGGAGGGCCUGGGGAAGCACAACAUCAUCUGCAUUGAGGAUCUUGUUCACGAGAUCUUGACUGUUGGCCCACAUUUCAAGGAGGCCAACAACUUCCUCUGGCCAUUCAAGCUGAAGGCGCCACUCGGUGGCCUGAAGAAGAAGAGGAACCACUAUGUUGAGGGUGGUGAUGCUGGUAACCGUGAGAACUACAUCAACCAGCUCGUUAGAAGGAUGAACUAGGUUGAUCUGCAUCCAUAAUGCCCUGUGCUCGAAGGAUGUUCUCUGUGUUGAUCUUAUUUUACAUUAGGAAGUGGAUUAUUAAUAUGCAUGAAAUUUUGGUAUUCAGAACUGGACAUGUGGAUGAAAAUCUGUGCCUUUUAUUUGAGACUGCAGAAUUACAUUC